GUGUCGCCGCCGGGCCCCCUCCUGCAGCCCCACGGGGAGCCCUCGGGACACUGAGCGGCCGCCCUUCCCGAGGGGCCCGUAAGAAAGCGGGGAUACCGCUGCCCGCCGGGCCGGCGCUCCCCUCUGGCCGCCUUGAGCUGGGCUUCCCCGCGAGAGAGUGGGAGCUGUGGGGAGGGGAGAGGGGCCCGAGGAGGGGCGCGCGUCUCCCUCCUCGUCGCCUCGCUGGGUCUUUUGACGUCCCACGGUGUUCGGCGGCUCUGUGGUAACUUGCCAGAGCUUUGCUGUUCGAGCCUCUUGGCGGUUACGGUGCUCGAUGCCCCUUAUCUCGUUCUUUCUCUGCCCUAGCUGCACUCCAGGGGAGUUGACACUCACCAGGGAAGCAAUGUUCUAAAAAUGUCAUCAGGCAUCCAAAUAAAACCAAAGACUGCAGUACAGAAAAGCAAGACAUCUACUCCUUUGUCGUGUUCUCCAGAACCUGCAAUUAAACCACAGCCAAAGCCUAGUGACAAGCUGAAUCCUAAAACUAUUGAUCCGUUUGGUGCUUAUUCUCGACCACCUUCUGCAUUUGCUGCUAUAUACGCUAAAGGUGGCAUUCCAUGCAGGUUAGUGCAUGGCUCAGUAAAGCACAGACUGCAAUGGGAAUGCCUUCCUGCAACUGUUCCCUUUGAUCCUCUUCUUGUAACAUUGGCAGAGGGUCUAAGAGAGACAAAACAUCCCUAUACAUUUGUUUCAAAGGAGGGUUUUAAAGAAUUACUUAUGGUUGAAGGUGCUACUGAAAAAGCAAUUCCCUUGUUGCCUCGUCUGGUUCCAGUGUUAAAGGCUGCAUUGGCCCAUUCAGAUGAUGAAGUAUUUGGAAGGGGAUUGGAUGCUUUAGUUCAGCUGAGUGCUGUUGUUGGCCCAUCUCUUAAUGAUCAUCUCAAGCAUCUACUCACAAAUCUUUCAAGGAGAUUAAUGGACAAGAAAUUUAGAGAAAAAAUUACCGUUGCUUUACAAAAGUUGGAACAAUAUGGUGGAAAGGCAACUGUGGCUAUCAUCAAAUCUAAAAUUCCAACCUAUUGUUCUAUCUCCUCUUGAACAAGAAAACUAGUGAUUUGUACUGUAAGGUGAAGUUUGGAAAGAAACUGUCUGUGAAGAUCACUGACACUUAUGUGGGGUAUGAUAUAUUCUCUUAAAAUAAGCACAAUUCUUCAGUAUGAUGGAGAGUGGGAAAAGUCCUAUCAGUUUGUGAAUAUGUAAUUAUGGAAGACUAUUUAAAAUAAUUCUUUCUGUAUUGGCUGCUAUUUCCAUAUGCACUGUGCUUACAAUGACAUUGACUAACUGGCUAUUAUUUCAAAAGCAGAGUAAAUAUUGAUUCUUAUUUUGU